UGCAGACCUAGUGGAUCUCUGUGGAUACAAGAUCACAGGGCGCAGCGGCCAUGGAAGAACUUACGGCUUUUGUAUCUAAGUCCUUUGACCAAAAGAGCAAGGAUGGCAGCAGUGGUGGCAGCAGCAAGAAGGAGACCAUUACAUACAGGGAAGUUCUGGAGACAGGUUUAGCUCGGGCCAGGGAGCUGGGCAACUCUGAUGGCAACCUCCAGGACAUUACAGACACGGGCAACCACUGCUCCCUGCACCUCUACAAGGAGCACCCAGACAUGGACAAGGACAAGCUGAAGGACUACAACCCCAGCAGGAUAUCCGAGGGAAUCUACGAGUGUAAGGACAAGAGAGAAGACGUGAAAUCAGAGGACGAGGAUGGGCAGACCAAGCUGAAGCAGAGGAGAAGCAGGACCAACUUUACCUUAGAGCAGUUAAAUGAACUGGAAAGACUUUUCGAUGAGACUCACUAUCCUGAUGCGUUUAUGAGAGAAGAGCUAAGUCAGAGACUAGGACUCUCUGAAGCCAGGGUUCAGGUAUGGUUUCAGAACCGAAGAGCAAAAUGUAGAAAACAAGAAAAUCAAAUGCAUAAAGGUGGGUAUGGAGUCAUUCUGGGGACAGCAAGUCAUUUAGAAACAUGUAGAGUUGCACCAUACGUGAAUAUGGGAGCACUGAGGAUGCCUUUCCAGCAGGUCCAAGCUCAGUUACAGUUGGAAGGAGUAGCACAUGCACAUCCUCAUCUUCACCCGCACUUGGCUGCUCAUGCACCUUAUCUCAUGUUUCCUCCUCCUCACUUUGGACUUCCUAUUGCAUCACUGGCAGAAACUGCAUCUGCCGCAGCUGUGGUUGCAGCUGCUGCUAAAAGCAACAGCAAAAACUCUAGUAUUGCUGACUUGCGACUCAAGGCCAGAAAACAUGCAGAGGCUUUGGGACUCUGA